AUGAAGCUUCUCUGGGGCGCAGCAGCAGCACUGCUUCCAAUAUGUGUGUCUUUUGCGGACGUUACCGGCAGCGAGCAACAGCCACUGCCAGUGUCGGAUUCACCCGACCCUGAGCACGACAGAUUGUCCGAUGUGAUAGCCGCGUCGCCUCUGCUGUCGCUACACAGGGCAAUCUGCGAGGUGGAGUCGGUCUCCGACGAUGAAGUGGCCGUGGGCAAGCUGGUCAUCUCCAUCCUCGAAGCUCACAACUUCACGGUGAAGACACUUAGCGUGCCUUCGCCGGGCGCGACGAACACGACCAAAGAGCGGGUCGACAUCUACGCCUAUCCAGACUUGUCAAAGUACGGAGGUGACGGGCAAAUAACCAGUUCCGAGACGAUACCGAAACCCAAAGUACUCUUGAGCUCGCAUAUCGACACGGUGCCGCCGCACAUUCCAUACUCGCUCUCUCUGCCCAAGAGGAAAGGCAGCGGUAGUAGCUCGGCUAGUCGCAAAGACAUUUUGAUCUCCGGCCGCGGCACGGUCGACGACAAAGCCUGCGUGGCCGUCCAAAUCCAGACGGUGCUGGACUUCCUCGCCGACCCGGCCGCCCUGGGGACUGACAGCGUCAUCAACCCGUCCGACCUCGCGCUCCUGUUCGUGGUGGGCGAAGAAAACCGCGGCGACGGAAUGAGAGCCUUUUCCACGUCGGACUUGUACAGCAACAGCAACGCAAACUACAAGGCGAUUUUGUUCGGAGAACCUACGGAAGGGAAACUCGCCACGGGCCAUAAGGGCAUUUUCAUGGUCUCGAUCAAGGCUUACGGGAAGGCCGCACACUCGGGAUACCCCUGGCUCGGGCGCAGCGCCAACAGCAUGAUCCUGCCGGCGUUGAAUGUCCUGGACAAGCUGGGAGACGUGCCGGAGGAGGAGGGCGGGCUGCCACGCAGUGAAAAGUACGGCAAAAGUACAGUCAAUGUUGGCUUGAUGUACGGGGGCGUGGCCGGGAACGUGGUCCCCGAGUUCGCCAGAGCCGACGUGACGUUCAGACUUGCUGGAGGCACAGCCGAACAGGUGCAAAAGGUUGUCACGGACGCCAUCCGAGCAGUGGACCCGGACGAGCUGCUGGAAUUGAACUUCAGCCAAGGGUACGGCCCGGUGCCCUUAGACGCGGAUGUCGAGGGCUUCGACACCAUCACGGUCAACUAUGGCACAGAUGUACCGAACAUUGAAGUGGCCGAGGGCGUCAAGAAGUAUUUGUAUGGGCCUGGAAGUAUCCUCGUGGCGCACGGGAAGAAUGAGGGAUUGACGGUGGGAGAACUAGAAGACGCUUUGGAGGGAUACAAGAGGCUGGUCAAGCAUUCUUUGGAAAGCUGA